GAGAUUAGCCUCGCGUACGAGGGGGCGGGGCGAAGCGCGAGCGCCAUCUACCGGAUUAAAGAUGGCGGCUCCGCCGUGGCACGUGUGAAGCCAGUGCGGCGGACGGGCGAGCCGGGGUCCGAGCAACUACGCGGCGGCCGUACACCUGGAUCGGGUUUCUGAACGGUUGUCGUCGGCGGGGAUACGCGCUCGGGAGCGGCUCUCGCCCGGCGGUAUUUUCGGUGGGCUUGAAACUGGAUGCUGCACAUGGUGGCGAUCCUUGUAGGUUAUGAUGAAGUACAUUCUUGUUACUGGAGGGGUCAUUUCGGGCAUUGGCAAAGGCAUCAUUGCAAGCAGUGUGGGCACUAUCCUCAAGUCAUGUGGCUUGCAUGUUACUGCGAUCAAGAUAGACCCUUACAUCAAUAUAGAUGCUGGCACGUUUUCGCCCUAUGAGCAUGGUGAGGUAUUUGUGCUGGAUGAUGGGGGUGAGGUGGACCUUGACUUGGGGAAUUAUGAGCGCUUCCUUGAUAUCCGGCUAACCAGAGACAACAACCUGACCACCGGCAAGAUCUAUCAGUCGGUCAUCAACAAGGAGAGGAGAGGAGACUACCUUGGCAAGACUGUGCAAGUGGUGCCUCACAUCACAGAUGCCAUCCAGGAAUGGGUAAUGAAGCAGGCCAGAGUGCCUGUUGAUGAUGAUGACGUUGAACCUCAAGUUUGUGUUGUAGAGCUUGGCGGCACUGUUGGAGACAUUGAGAGUAUGCCUUUCAUUGAAGCGUUCAGGCAAUUCCAGUUUAAGGUGAAGAGGGAGAACUUCUGUAACAUCCAUGUCAGCCUUGUACCACAGCCCAGUGCAACAGGAGAGCAAAAGACAAAACCUACACAGAACAGUGUCCGGGAGCUAAGAGGCCUGGGGUUGUCCCCUGAUCUGAUCAUGUGUCGCUGUUCCACUGCACUGGAUAAUUCUGUCAAGGAAAAGAUAUCCAUGUUCUGCCAUGUAGAGCCUGAACAGGUCAUCUGUGUGCACGAUGUCUCCUCCAUCUACAGAGUGCCUCUGCUCCUUGAAGAGCAAGGGGUGGUCGGCUACCUUAGUCGGCGGCUUAACAUGCCAAUAGAGUCACGACCUCGGAAGAUGCUCACCAAAUGGAAGGAGAUGUCUGACAGGUCAGACAGACUCUUAGAACACUGCUCUAUAGCGCUGGUUGGGAAGUACACGAAAUUCUCCGACUCGUACGCCUCCGUCAUCAAAGCUCUGGAGCAUUCAGCUUUGGCCAUUAGUCACAAGCUGGAGGUUAAGUAUAUUGACUCUGCUGAUCUGGAACCAGACACUCUGCAGGAGGAACCAGUGAAGUACCAUGAGGCAUGGCAGAAACUUUGCAGUGCUGAUGGCAUCCUGGUUCCAGGAGGGUUUGGCAUCAGAGGAACUGAAGGAAAGAUUCAUGCCAUUAACUGGGCACGGAAGCAGAAAAAGCCCUUUCUAGGAGUGUGCCUUGGAAUGCAGUUGGCAGUAUGUGAAUUUGCAAGGACCACACUGGGCUGGAAAGAUGCCAACUCCACAGAAUUUGACCCAGAAUCAAAGCAUCCUGUGGUUAUUGAUAUGCCAGAACACAACCCUGGGCAAAUGGGUGGGACCAUGAGGCUGGGAAAGAGGAGGACCAUUUUCAAGACCAACAACAGCAUAUUGCGUAAACUCUAUGGAGAUGCUGAACACGUUGAUGAAAGGCAUAGACAUCGGUUUGAGGUCAAUCCCGAACUGAAAAAUCAUUUUGAAGAGAUGGGCUUCCGCUUUGUAGGCCAAGAUGUCGAGGGGGAAAGAAUGGAGAUUAUCGAGUUGGAUGAUCAUCCAUAUUUUGUUGGGGUGCAGUACCACCCUGAAUUCACCUCGCGUCCCAUCAAACCAUCUCCGCCAUACUUUGGUCUGUUGCUUGCUGCUGCGGGGAAACUGCAGGGCUACCUCCAGAAGGGCUGCCGUCUGUCUCCACGAGACACAUACAGUGAUCGGAGUGGUAGCAGUACUCCAGAUUUUGAGAUAUCGGAGUUAAAAUUGCCUUCCAUCUCUCAGGAGUGACCUCUGCACAAGGGGGAGAAAAUUCCACGACUAGAAGCAAGCAAAGGGAGGUCCUUACAUCAUGGGAUUAUUUUGAAGCUUGCUUAAGCAUGGUCAGACUUUCCUCAGCACCGCUGGUUACUAGGUCAGUUACAGAAACGUAGCAGUCUAUGCUGAUGGUUGUCCAUGAGCGACAUCAGGAAUCAACUGCAUUGAUGGCAUUCAUCCUUGGGUUUAAGUGCCCAAACGGUUAGUGGUCAGCACUGCAAUUCAGUUGUAUGCCUUGAGUAAUUCUCCUUUAUGUAUGUACUUUGUAAUGCGUUACACAUGAUUAAGCAAAAUAAACUUCCAUGUCCU